CGGAGGAGCGCAGGAUUGUCCUGCUUAUCGAGGGAACUUUACGUCUCACACCGCACCAACACUUAUGUUUGGAUUUUAGGUCUGGUGUGUGAUUUCGACACCUUGUGACUGUAUAUAAGGACAGGCCGAAGUGUGCUGUUUUUUGCUGAACAGGAGGAGGCUGAGUCAUGAAUAAGCUACGGCAGAGCUUCCGCCGCAAGAAAGACGUGUACGUGCCAGAGUCCAGCAGACCACACCAGUGGCAGACGGAUGAGGAAGCAGUGCGCAGUGGCAAGUGCAGUUUUCAAGUCAAGUACCUGGGCCAUGUGGAGGUGGACGAGUCCCGAGGAAUGCACAUAUGUGAGGAUGCAGUAAAGAGGCUAAAGACAGACAGGAAGUUCUUCAAGGGCUUCUUUGCAAAAGCAGGAAAGAAGGCAGUCAGGGCUGUACUACUGGUAUCUGCUGAUGGCCUAAGGGUCGUUGAUGACAAAACAAAGGAUCUGAUUCUGGAUCAGACGAUAGAGAAGGUGUCAUUCUGCGCUCCUGACCGGAACUUUGAGCGGGCGUUCUCCUACAUCUGCAGAGAUGGCACUACUCGCCGCUGGAUCUGCCACUGCUUCAUGGCCAUCAAAGACUCGGGCGAGCGAUUGAGCCAUGCAGUUGGCUGUGCAUUUGCAGCGUGUCUGGAGCGGAAACAGAAGAGAGAGAAGGAAUGCGGGGUCACGGCCACUUUCGAUGCCAACCGCACCACGUUCACACGGGAAGGCUCCUUCCGUGUUACCACAGCAACAGAAGCGGCUGAGCGAGAGGAGGUCAUGAGGCAAUUACAAGAUGCCAAAAAAGACUCAGAGGCAGCCUUGGCGAGCAGAACCGGUAUCACCGCCAACCCGGCCGCUGCCCCCUCUCCCUCUUCCUCCCCUCCUCAGCCCAUGGGAACACUAGCACCUCAGGAAGCCAACCCUCAUGUUAUCCCACGCCGCCAUGCCCCUGUGGAGGCUCUAGCACGCCAGGGCUCCUUCCGUGGCUUCCCAGCUCUCAGCCAGAAGACGUCGCCUUUCAAACGGCAGAUGUCUUUGCGCAUGAACGAUCUGCCCUCCACUAUGCAGCGCAAAUCUGACUUUCCUAUGAAAAACACAGUGCCGGAGGUUGAAGGUGAAGGAGACAGUAUCAGCUCUCUGUGUACCCAGAUCACAUCAGCAUUCAGCGGCCCCACUGAGGACCCAUUCUCUUUGGUGCCUAUGCCCAAACCCGCCUCUUCCCCACAAUCCCCUGCGGCACAAGCUAUAGUGAACGGCUCAGCUACUGCCUUUCCCACUCCCGCUGUCACUGCUGCGGUUACUGCUAUCCCUCCGAGCCUGCCACCGCCACUACCUGCCAGAGACACUAACCCCUGGGCCAAGAUUCCCACUGCACCUCCUGUUCCAGCACAUCCAGGUGGCGAUUGGUCCAGCUCUGCCCCUGCAGUUGUGGCUCCCCUGGCAGUGCCCCCUCCCUCUCAUAAGCGCACCCCAUCUGAGGCGGACCGCUGGCUAGAAGAAGUAUCCAAGUCUGUACGAGCACAGCAACCUGGAGUAGGAAUCACUGCUCCUCCUAUGCAGCAGCCCUUCCCUGCACCCAUGCCUGUCCCUGUGGCUGCCGUGGCUCCUGCUGCCCCUGUGGCCUUCAUGCCACCCAUGCCCUCUGCUGUGCCCACUCUGCCUCCACACCAGCCUGCCUUCCAUGCCCUGGCACCAGCCUCCUUUCCCAUAUCCAACGGGCUCCCCUACGCCCAGCCUAGCGUGCCCGUGGUAGGCAUUACACCUUCUCAGAUGGUGGCCAAUGUUUUUGGAUCAGCCGCGCAGACUCAGCCAGUUCCGGUUCCUAUGCCAGUUCAGCCCACACAGCUACAGCCCUCACCGUUUUCCACUCCACCGCUUUUGCAGUUGGAUGUCCGAGGAGUGAGCGGACCCUUCGGAAAACCCCCAGUACCUCCACCGGCAAAUCCCGGAGUGUUUCAGCCACCCAACGGUACAGCUACGCUAAACGGCUCAGACGGCUGGGCCGUCCCGCCUGUCCCGGCGAAUCACCAGGCGGAUGCUUUUGAAGCCCAGUGGGCUGCGCUAGAGAACCGAUCGCAUCAGCGCACCAACCCCUCCCCGACAAACCCGUUUUCAAGUGAGCUCCACAAAACCUUCGAGAUUCAACUAUAAACACUUACCAUAUGGACUGGUAGACACAUGAAGGAGAAGAUGCAUGGAGGGUGGCGGGGACUUUACAGCAGAGGGGACCCCUUUGACAUGCUGACAUGCACAUCACUUUAACCCUGUCUCUCUGUUCUGUUUCUUUGUUUCCUGUCCUUUUUGUGAAGUGUGAGUUGGGCAGAUGGACAAGAAAGAUGAGAGAGAAAGGUCUAUCUAGGACGUGAGAAAUCUCAUAGUGAUGCUCAGCUGCCAUUUUUAUUUUUUUGGUGUAGUUGUAUCCAUAGUUCCGAUGGAUGUGGAGAAGAAGCCAACUCGGCCUCUGGCUUUGAAUCCGGCCUAUGUGGCCCUCAGCUUACAGCGCCCCCUAACCAUAGGGAGGACAACUACUCAUCAGAAGGACACAGGCGCGAGAGAAUUUCUUAAUCAGAAGAAAUGAGAGUAUGCCAAAAUCUUUAUUUUUAUGCAUUGAAUAUAUUUUAAAUAGCUUUGGAAUAUAACAGAAGAGAUGUAAGUAAUCUUGCCAAAGGUGCAGGCUACAAUGGAAAUUAUUUUGUGUGUAUACAGGAAAUGGGCAUUUAUUAUAUAGAUAUAUC